UUGCUAAGCAACGCAGUCGCGCGAACAUGGACGCUUCCGAGACGCUAACAGAUGAAGUUACUUUACAAGAGCAGACAGCUGUUGUGGCGGAUGAGGAGUGUGAUGGAAACCCCGAGGAAGAUCAGAAGGAAUCGAUCCCAGAUGACAUGUAUUACACCUAUGAGGAACUGUGCUCCAAACCCUUCAUUACUGCAGACUCCAACAUCCCACAGAACCUGUUGCACCUCUCACAUUCAUUUGGCUAUGACUGUGGUCGGAGAGGGAACCUACAGCUGUUGGAUGAGCAUACGUUGGCCUUCAUAGCAGGAAAUUUGCUUGUUCUAUUGGAUGUACACACCAAAAAGCAGCAUUACAUCCGCUCUAGCAGCGGAGGAGGCAUCGGUGCAAUUAUGACUCAUCCAAAUAAGCAAUAUUUUGCCGUGGCAGAGAAAGGCCAUCAGCCUAACAUCGUCAUAUAUGAGUACCCGUCCCUGCGGCCUUACAGGAUCCUCAGAGGCGGCACAGGCAGUGCAUACAGCUUUGUGGAUUUCAAUCGUGAUGGCUCAUUACUGGCCAGUGUGGGUGGAGCUCCAGACUACAUGCUUACUCUGUGGGACUGGAGGCAGGAACAAGUGACGCUGUGCAACAAAGCAUUUUCUCAGGAUGUCUACAGGGUCACCUUUUCACCCGACUGUGUAGGACAGCUCACUACAUCUGGCACUGGGCAUAUUAGAUUUUGGAAAAUGGCCAAUACCUUCACUGGAUUAAAGUUGCAAGGGUUGCUGGGAAGUUUUGGAAAAACAACAGUUACAGAUAUAGAAGGAUAUGUGGAGCUCCCUGAUGGAAAGGUUGUGUCAGGAUCAGAGUGGGGGAACAUGCUCCUUUGGGAGGGGGGUCUGAUAAAGGUGGAAUUAUGCCGUAAAGGUGGACGUACAUGUCAUAGUGGAGCCAUUUACCAGUUUAACCUAGAUGAGGGAGAACUUAUGACCAUAGGAUCUGAUGGAACAGUCAGAGGCUGGAACUUGGAGACCAUAGACAGCGCAGAUGCAGUUGAUGACAGCGGUCUGUUUGAGAUUGAACCGAUGAACGAGAUAAUAAUAGGCCGUAAUGUCAGCUUAUACUCUAUGGUGAAGAGCUCCAUCCCAGAAACCUCCAUCUGGUUCGCUCAGGACUCCAAUGGCUGUAUUUGGAAACUGGAUCUCUCAUUCUCCAACAUUACCCAAGAUCCAGAAUGUCUCUUUUCAUUUCAUGCUGGUGCCAUUCAGGGCAUGGAUGUUUCUGAAAGUAGCCAUCUCGUGGCCACUACAGCCUUGGACUCCUCAGUCAGGGUGUUUGACUUUCUGUCAAAGAAAGAGCUCACGAUAUGUCGUUUCAAACAAGGAGGGACAACACUUACAUGGGCUUCAGAUAUGAUGAACACUGCUGGGGGUCUCCUGAUUGUGGGUUUUGAAGACGGUGUGGUGCGUCUCAUGGAGCUGUAUAACACUCAGAGUCUGCAUGCGAUCGCAGGACGAACACGUUCUGGAGAUGCUGAACUCCGCCUCAGACAAGCUCUGAAGCCCCACACUGCACCUGUGACCGCCAUCACUUACGAGAGAACUAAAAAGAUAAUGGCUACUGGGAGCGCAGACAGCACCGUUUUCUUCUUCAUGGUGGGGGAAAGAUACACACCAAUAGGGUUUAUUACAGUUCCAGGGCCUGUGCAAGGUUUGGAGUGGUCACCUCAGUCACAUGAGAAAAACACUCUGCUGAUCUUCUGUGAAAAUGGUCACGUGGUGGAAGUUCAGUGUCCCGAUCCUGGAGCUCAGACUGGUGGAAACACCUUUCAACUCUCAGAGCUUCCCACAAUGCACUUUUGCUUCAGCAGCAUCAAGUCCCGAAUUAAGAGAGAUGCAGAGUUAGCACUCAGGCAAGCCAGAAAAGAGGAGAAGAAGAAAGAGAGAGAAAAACGCUUGAAGAGAUUGAAGGAGCAAAAGCCAGAUGCCACAGAGGAGGAACUACAGGAGGAAGAGAAAGAAGAGGAUGAGAAGGAGGAGGAUCUGCCUCCUCUUUAUUUUCCAUCUCCACCCAGUCCUCUGCACUGCGGCUUUUACUCAACACCAGGGUCAUUCUGGCUUUCUAUGGGUGGCUAUGACUCAGGGUAUUUGUACCACUGUAAGUUUAAUGAACAGCAGAGUGAAGAUCCGUUAGAGAGGAAAGAUGAGCCCUUUUCCUUCAUACCUGUGCAUGAUGCCGACCACAACCCCAUUCUCACCAUCACCUUCAAUUCGAGCAGGCAGUUGUUGUUAUGUGGCAUGAAGGACGGUAGUAUUCGGGUGUACCCUGUACAGGCCUCGGAUCAUCAGCUCAGCUCCAUGCGGGUGUACUGGGCCCUCAGCGUCCAUGACAACCACUACGGCCAUGUGCGCCACGUCCGCUUCAGCUUUGAUGACACGUUUGUCCUGACAGCAGGAGAGGAUGGCAACAUCUUCUCUUUCAGCUGUUUGUCAGAGGAGGAGCUCCAGAAAGCCAUGCUCAAACAUGCCAAAGUGCCCUCUCCAAGGGUUGGGCUGGAGAUGGAGAAAGCAGCGCAGGACAUAGAGGAUCCUUCUGCUUACAGCAUAGAAACGGCUAAACAAAAGCUGGAGCUUGACCGCAUGCAUAAAGAAGCAGAACAGAGGAAACAGGAGAGACGUAAGAGGCUGGUGGAACUGCAGAGUCGAUUUCAAGCUUUACUGGAGCAGAACCAGAGUCUUCCUGAACACAUUCGCCUGCAUCGCUCGGAAUUUGAACUGGACCCGAGCUUCAGUGAGGAGACUGAAAGACAGACAGAACAGAGAAUAAUGGAGGUCAGGAAAGAACUGGCCUGGGAGGAGGAGAAGUACCGCAUCGGCCUUAACAAACUACAGACCAUGUUCUGGGAGUCAGUGGUGGAGGACACGGUCACGGUCCAUGCAUUUAAGAGUGGACAUAAGGUCUCCAACUACAGGCUGCUCUCUCUGUCUGCCAUACAAAUGCACAUGCACCGGCACGGCACAGGGCCAUCUCAGAGCGGACCCACGGAACAGGAUCACGGGCAGCGCAAAGCUCAGCCUGGCAAAGAAGCCAGCAACAUUUCACUGCAAGAUGAGCUGGUAACAGACGCGGUGAUGCAGGCAGGAAGCAUGCAGUCAGGGUCUCGUAAACUGGCGAGCAGAGAGGCAGAGAAACUCCGUAAGGCUGCCGAGAAGGCAGAGAAAGCCCGAGUCACGAUAGAGAAGAGGAAAAAAGAGUGGGCAGAACUCUAUGCCUCUAAGCCAAGUGAGGACUACGAAGACCCUAAGGACGUGGAAGCGAUCCGAUUGGCUAAGGAGAAAAUGGGCGACUUUAAGCUGAAGUCAGCGAAAGACUUUACUGUUCCUGAACACCUGCGGAUGAACGUAGAGAAGAAGAGAGUGCAGUUAGUGGAACUGGAAAAAAAGGUUUUUGAGAAGAAGUCUGAGAUGAACUCCCGUGUGAUGGCUCUUAGGGACAGUAAGGUGGAGAUUGUCUCUCAGUUCCAAGCCCAGGUGGAGCAGUUACAGGAGGUCCAGCAGCACCUGCCACCUGAGAAGCGUCGUCCGCUGCCGGCUGUGCCCGUCUUAAUGCCAGAAGAGAUGCCAGAGAGGAAACACAGAUACACCCGGGCCACCUUGGAGCGUUACGCCACUCUUAGGGACAAAAUGGCUUCCACUGGUCUGGAAGAACAACAGGGUGGGCAGAACAUCCUAGAGCUGCUUGAACAAGAGACACAAGGCACACACACUGAGGCUCAGGACGCACACAUGGAGAAUAAAGGUGAGGAAACACACUCUCGUAAGCAGGAAGAGGAAGUCACAGAGCUAGAAAAAAAGAUGAGAGAUGUGGAAGAGAUCAGAAACCUGUGCCAGCAAGACCAGCUUCUUAAACAGAUGGAGGAUGCGGUGUGGCGUUUCGAUGCUGAGUUGUGUGUUUUGCGUCACGAGAAGCAGGAGUUGGAUGUGUACAUGAAACUGGCUGAUCUGAGACAUGUGACGCUUUUUGAGGAGCUGCUGCUUCUGAAGGAGUUUGAGAAGAGGGAGGACAUACUACAGGAGCGACUGACCACCUAUAUUCAGGAAGGGGAAGAAAUCAGGACCAAGAUGCGCGAAAAUAAGAAGCAGAUGGAGCUGAAGAAGAGAGAAAUCCUGAGACUUCAAGGGAAGGAGAAAACAAUCGCUGCCAGUUUUCAGGCCUCACUGGGGGAGAACAACAAAUUCGAGGAAUUCCUCGCCAGAGUUUUUAAGAAAAAGAUCAAGCGUGCAAAGAAGAAAGAAACGCAGGGACGUGAUGGUGGUGAUGCGACAGAGGAGGAAGAUGAAAGCGAUGAAGACUCUGAUGAAGAAUCAGAUGGUGAUAAUGAUGAAGAUUAUGAUGACCCUGAGACUGGAGUUUCCCUGGAUGACAGUGUGUGUCCACCAAAUUGCGAUCCCCAGCUGUUUGAGAACACACUGAGAUUGCGUGAACAUCGUCUGGAUGUGGAGGAGCAGCUGCAAGAGGACAUAAAAACAGUUGACGGUUUAAAGAAGGAGUAUGACACACUGUCCAAGAAAGAGAAGAUUGUGCAGAACAAUCGUAACGCAGCAGAGGGCGAUCUGGAGCUCAUUAACCGGGAAAAGCAGCAGAAGCUGAAUGAAGUGGAUGUGGUGGUGCCACUCAGACUGCAUCAGAUCGAGUAUGUGAAUAAUAUUCUGUUACCGGGUAAGCUUGACUCAGCGUUGGUCCUGAACACAGCUGAUCUACAGCAUCUGGAGAAGCGCAUUAAAGAGCUGCAGCUAGAGAAGACUGAACAGCGAGAGCUCUAUAAACUCGCCAGGCAGCAACACGUACAGCUCAGACACGACCUUAAAGACAUGGAGGCCAGGAUAAAGGGGUCGGAAGUACGUUGCGAGCAGCUGAUGCUCAAGAAGUUCGGACAGCUGGUUGACCUGGAGGUUCUGCAGACUUUGUCGGGCAACAGGAGAGUAGAGGAGAUGAGACAGGAGAUCAGAGAACAAGACACCAAAUACACAAAGGAGCUCAAACACUGGGAGGCAAAAGUUAUAGAAGCAAGAGAGGCACUGACAGAAAUCACGAAACAAAACACAGAGAAACUACGUGAAAUGAACAGCCUGCUCAGCCAGAAAAAAGCAUUGGAUGAACAGCUCAAUGCCAGACAGCGGAAGACGGUGGGUCAGUUCCGAGGCCGUCUGGUUGAGAAACAGGAACUGCAGAGGUUGCAGCAGCUGAUAGCUGCUCAGGCACAGGACAUCGAGGUUCUCAAUGAUGAGAUCCGUGCUCUUUCACGCAAAGACGGCCAUGUUCUCCCUCCGCUCGAACCUGUCCUGCCUCCCAUUCCCACCCUGCCCCACAAACACACAACAAGCAAUCCUGGUGUGCACGGGAAACUCAACCUCAGCAGCAAAACUGUGAAAUAAAUCCACACACACAUACACUUUUUUACCCUAAGUGCGAAAUCAGCACGUUAGCACACAGACCUCAAGACAUGGAUGACAGGCUACAUGUGCAAUUGUCUAACUCUAAUAAAUUCUUUCCAUGGUGAUUUUAAUGUCUCGGUUUUCCUUUUCAGAAAACGCUCUGUAAUCUUGGAGGUUUUACCCGCUAUUUUAUCACAUUAAUCAGGCAAGUUUCAAUUCGAGAAAGGUUGUAUUUAAAAUGUGCACAUCCAAGAGGCCAAAAGCUCAAUGUGGGAGUCCACUGCUCAACCACAAAAACUAUUUCAAACAGUCUUAUUUCAUAAGGCUAUGGCAACCUGCGUGUCCCUGGACCAAUAAACAAGUUAUAAUGAUCCAUUUUUUUUAAAUUAACAUUCAUACUGAAUAAAUAAGCUUAGCUUUCCAAUGAUGUAAUAAUAAUAAAAAAAGACAAUAUCUGGUUGUGAUACAACUAUUUGAAAAUCUGGAAUCUGAUGGUGCAAAAAAACCAACAACCUCACAAUAGUAAAUAAAUAAAUCAUUUUGACCCAUACAGUAUAUUGUUGGCUAUUGCUACAAAUACACCCAUGCUACUUAAGACUGUUUCUGUGGUUUUUUCGACAUUUGGAGCUGUGGUGUGCCAAUUUGCUUUUUAUAUAAGAUUCUAUAACUCUAUUAGACUACAUUAAAGCACCACUCGUUCAUUUCAAACGAAACAUGUUAACAUAUGAAAUGAAGAAUAUGAAAAGAAAUCAAAAAAAUUUGACCGUCUGGCAUAAAAAGGAUGGUGUCGUUUUCAAAUGUCCCUUCUCCCGUUUCCCGCGUACAUUGAAUUAAAUCGCGAAAGCUGUUCGUAUCCAGAGCGACUGCGUCCCGUCCUUUGCGUGACAUUCUCGUGUUGUGGGCCGCUGCAGGAGCGCGAGGCAUGCGCGAGCGGCGGCUUGACGUGUGACGUCACAGGCAUUGCGGCGCUCUCGGCUUGAGAAUGAAAGGAGGAGAGGAUGAUGAAUAGGAUGGGCAGAACAAGAGGAACUAAGAAUUAGGGUUCAGUGGUUCGGGAGAUUCGACGCCUGCUGGUGAAGACGUUUGUAACAAUCAAGCGAAACAAUCCGACAAUCUAGCUUCUCGGUUCUUUAGAGACAAAAGACGAACCGAAGUGUGUGCUUUAUGCUUGACGUGCCCAACGCCGUUUAUUUGGAGAAAUCAGUUCAUCUGUGCUGCGCGUAUCAUCCGGAAGACGACCAAUGCAUUAAAUGAUUUGCACACUGACUGGAGUUACACUACUUAAUAGGAACCUCCUUGCUGUAAUGUCUCAACAAUAAACCUUGAUAACAGCAACAAUUACAAACCGGCCUACAUCUUUACAGUUGUUGAUGAAAUAAUUAAUCUGCAAGGGCGAAGCUGGACAUGUUGUAGUAUCCCACUGAGAAGCUGCCAAGCUGGACGAGUCCAGUUCUGAGUGCUCGAGAACAGACCCUACAGAACCUGUACACCUUGGACCCAUCCCAGAAGAGCAGUAUGUAGGCGAAGGAACC